AGGAAGGAGGGGGUGGGCACAGGAAAGAGGAGAAAAGGGGGGGGGAAAGAAAGGAGAGAGAGCCGCGCGCCCCUGGGGCUGCGUGUGCCCUCUGCUUGUAAGUGCUUCCAUCUGACUCGCACCCGUGCCUCUCUCUCCGCUCGGGACACCUCUCCCCUCGCCCGGCCACCGGGCCAGCCGGAGGAGACAAAGCCCCGGGGUGCAGGGCGGCUGUGACCGACGUGGCAUGGAAAGUCUCCGCUAGGCUGGCAGCUGCGGCUCCUCGGGGAGACCAGCCCAGCCUCCGGCCGCAGCGGCUCAGCAUGCCGGCGCGGGGCCAUGGCUAGGGGAGGUCCCGGGCUCCCUCCUCUGCGCCCAGAGGGUUUCCUCGGGAGCAUCCCCGGGGCCGGCGGGACAGGCUCCCCUGCGGGGGCUGCAGCCGCCUGUCCGCAGCCGGAAGGACAGAAGCCGCCGCUGCCCCCGCCCGGCCCCGCACGGUGAGCCCAAUCCCGCGCAGAGCUGGCCAUGGGGUGCGGGCUCCGGAAGCUGGACGACCCCGAGGACAGCAGCCCCGGGAAAAUCUUCUCCACCCUGAAGAGACCGCAAGUGGAAACAAAGGCAGAAGUUGCUUACGAGUACGUGCUGCUGGACUUCAGUCUGCAAGCGUCACCGAACCCGGAAGUCGUCAGGAUCCAUUCCCUCCCAGACAUAGUGACGAGGGUGGAGGAGUACUAUCGGAAAGGCUACGUCGUCGGGGCGAUCCACCCCGUCCUGCAGCCGGUGCGCCAGCGGAGGCACCUGCCCGCCAGCCACCUGUACCGGGUGGUGCUGUGGCGCCUGAAGCUCAGCCCGAAGCUCUCUGCAGUGACCAGCGGACAGAGACGCCCCCGGCUGGUGAUUGAGGAAUGUCCUCUGACGUACGAGACGCAAGCAAACGACGUAGCAAAAGAACUGAUAGAAAAGGUCAAUGAAGCUUCCAAGCGAGGAAGGAGGUUUGUGGGGCUCCUCGCCCAGCACUCUGCGCCCCUCUGCAACGGGACGGCCCUCCACGGAGACGGGGAGCCCGCCCUGCCCGGGCGCCACUCCCCCGCGGAGAACGGGCGACGCUGGAGCGAAGGCCCCCUCGGCGGGCAGCCCUGGGAGAGCGGGGCGGAGGCGGAAGCCCACCCGGACGGCGGGCCAUGCCAGCGGGAGCCCCCCGGCAGCCCCGGGGCCACCGCCCCAGCUACAGGAGAAGAUAACAAGUUGUAUAUCGUGUUCAACGUGUUUGAUGACGAUGCCCCCGGCUGGGCCUACCAGGAGGGCGCCCUGUCCAUGAAAGUCGCGAGGAAAGGGCCCGUCAUCAGCACGCUCGAUGCCGAUUGGCUGGAGCUAACGGCGUUCUAUUAUAAGCAAGGCUUGUCUCUGAUCGACUCCUUUGUGUGCUGGGAGACACCGAAAGGGGACCACGUGCCGAAAGCGCUGGACGGGUUCUUCGUGUUCGAGGAGGAGGGCUCCGGGCUGCCGGGGGCCGGCCGCGCCGGGAAGGACGCCAUUGUGGUGGAGCAGUGGACCGUCAUCGAGGGCUGCGAGAUCAAGACGGACUACGCACCCCUGCUGCACACGCUGGCCGAGUUCGGGUGGCUCCUGACCAGCGUGCUGCCCACUCCGAUCCUGAGACAGGACAGCGAAGGGAAUUUGGCUACAAAGCAGGUGGUGUUUCUUCAGAGACCCGCUAUGUGGAAUUCGGCGGCUCAGACCCCAGAAAGGAAGGCCAGCCGGCACGUGAAAGGCGAGGACAGGCACAAAGCCGGCAGCAGGAGCAUCGGCCUGGACACGGCCACGUCCCAGCCCGCAGAGCAGGGCGCCCCGCCCGGGGGCAUCGCCGCUCCUCCCCGGGCGCCCUGGGUGCAGGGGCCCGCGCUGCCGGGGCUGGGCCUCCUGCGGGACCUGGACGACGGGCCGCUGGACCAGGAGGACGGGGUCACGCAGGUCACCUGUAUGUGACAGGCCGCCACCCACACAGCGGCCACGGCUCUCGCGUGCCUGUCUGCAUGUGAGUGACAGGCGGGUUGUCCCAGGCCCGGCUCCUCCUGACCGUGUGCCCGUGGGCUCAGCCCCCCAGACGGGAAGGAUAAUCAGCACGUUCAUACAUGUAGAGGCAUUUCACACUGCUCCCAGCUAAAGCGCCCGUGUGCACAGGCGCCAUAGGUCACUAACGGAGACCCCACGUCACUGCUCACGAAUGGACAAGGUGGACUCUCGAUGUCACACCAGCAAGAAGACUGGCGGUCCCGGCCAGCACGGUGCCCGAUGGAAGGGUCUCAGAGAGUUGGUCCUAGGGACACCGACCAGCAAUGCCCGCCCUGCACGGCGCUCACGGGCUAACGAACGGACCGCCUGGAUAUGACUAUGGACCAGCCGUGGUGUGUGUACAGAGCAAACCUUCCUGGCUAAAAUGUUCUUUGGAAAAAAAGUCCUCUUGGUUGUCGUUGCUUUCAAAGGGUCGGCAUGUUCCCGCCCUGGGCUAACCCAUUGAGCUUUAAUGGUGUGCUUCCUAAUAGACGAGAGAGAGAGAGAGAGAGAGAGAGAGAGAGAGAGAGAGAGAGAGAGAGAGAGAGAGAGGGAGGGAGGGAGGGAGGGAGGGAGGGAGGGAGGGAGGGAGGGAGGGAGAGAGAGAGGAAGGGGGGGGGGGGGCCAGCAUCCCUCACCACUCAGUGUGGAAAGAGCCCAACCUCAACCUUUAAAAACCUAGCGGACAGGCAGAGCGGAUGUGGUUUCCUUUAUGUUGGGAACAGUGGGAAACGGGAGACAUCACUGUGAGUGGGAAUGGCUGCUUCACACUGGCCCGAAGUGCACGACCUUCUAUUUCACCGGCGCCAGGAGCAGGGGAAACCCAGGGCCCGGCACCCGGGAGGAGUGAAGCCGCCCAGAGCAGCGGGGGGCCUGGUGGACCAGCGGCUCCCUCCCCCGCUUCGUGCUCUGCUCAGGGGGUGCCUGUGCCUCGCCCCGAUUCAGCAGGAAAAGAUGGAAAGUCUACAGAACGCAGGCUCCACUUUUCUCCAUGGAAACUAGCUUUGAAACGUGGGCACCUUCCAGGGAAGGACAGCUGGCUUUGCCAUUGACGGAUUCAACGUAUUCUAUAUUUUUAUUAGUGUUGGUGUUGACAUUAGAUCACUGAAUAAAUGUCAUUUUAUUGAA